AGGCGCGAGGGGGGGGGGGAUGUGACGACCGACGGAAUGGCAGUUGACGAGGGGCGAGCGACAGAGCGACUGGACUUUUUUUGUUGACGGCUAACGUGUGUGAGCCGUCGGCUCUGCGGCUGUAGCUCCCGGCUAGCUAACUCCGCGAGUCCGCCCCGGGCGGAAAAGUCGAGCAGCGCCCCAGAAGACAACAGGCAGAGGUAUCUGGAGUCACUGGUUCAUUCCCAUCCCUACCUUCUGGUGCAGCGAUGCAAGGGAGCACAGCUGCACAUGACACAAAUUCUUAACAACAUAAAUACAUAGGUGAAUGUUUGUUUCAGGCAGCACAUGGCCUGUAUCAUGCUGACAGAAAUGGACCCGCCCACCUCUGUUCCCACAGCAAACCACAAUGGCCCCCGGCCGGACCUCAACCCUGCCGCGGCACUCGACCCCAAGCAGGACGUGGACGCCACAUGUCUCACUGUCCACCUUUACUACCUGGGGAAGGCUGGAGGGGGGGAUGCGGCCACACGCUCGGAAAGUGUGCUCACGUUUCCUCCCGGGGAGUACGUAGUGGAGGAACUCUGCAUUGCCUCAGCGAAAGCUUGUGGGAUUGCUCCAGUGUACUGCAACUUGUUUGGCCUGAUGAGGGAAAGUGACCGGAUAUGGUUCCCUCCCAAUCACAUAUUUAAACUCAACCAGUCAGCCAGUGAAAACCUGCACUUCCGAAUAAGAUACUAUUUUCCUGGCUGGUAUAACAACAGUUCGUUUGAUGCCCAUCGCUACGGUGUGUCCAAGGGGAUGGAGACCCCGGUGAUGGAUGAUUGUGUAAUGACAUACCUGUUUUUCCAGUGGCGUAGUGACUUUCUCGGUGGCUGGGUUCAAAUCCCGGUGAGCCACGAGUCCCAGGAGGAGUGUCUGGGCAUGGCGGUGCUGGACAUGAUGAGGCUUGCUAAAGAGAGCGGUCAGUCACCUGUGGACAUCUGUAAUGACACCAGCUACAAAUCAUUCCUGCCGCAAUGCAUGCGGAGCCGCAUCCAGGAGUACAACAUCUUUACUCGGAAGAGGAUCCGCUAUCGCUUCAAGAAGUUCGUCCAGCAGUUCAGCGAGUGCAAGGCCACGGUGUGUAACCUCAAGCUCAAAUACCUGAUGAACCUGGAGACGCUGCUGCCGCCCCUCUUCUCCGAGCGCUUUCAGGUCACCGACCUCUCUGCGCGCGAGGUGACCAUCGUCGUCAUGGGCAACAAGGGCAUCCAGCAGUCGAAAGGGAAAUUGGAAGAGGGGGAAAAUGAGGAGUUACAGACAUACUGUGACUUCCCAGAGGUGAUUGACAUCAGCAUAAAACAGUCUAAUAAGGAAGGCUCUGCAGAGAGUCGCAUAGUUACCAUCACCAGACAGGACAGCAAGUUCCUGGAACUGGAGUUUCAUUCCCCAGCAGAAGCUCUGUCAUUUGUAUCAGUCGUUGACGGAUAUUACAGACUCGUCGCCGAUGCCCAUCACUACCUGUGCAAAGAGGUGGCUCCACCAAGACUUCUGGAGUGCAUUCAGAGCUACUACCACGGCCCCGUGUCGAUGGAGUUUACGAUUAGUAAGCUGCGUCGCUCUGGCAACCACCAAGGCCUGUACAUCCUCCGCUGCAGCCCGAGAGACUACGACAAAUACUUCAUGUCCUUUGUCGUGGGGUACGAAACAAUGGUGGACUACAAGCACUGUCAGAUCAAGAAGGUGGAGUCGGGAGAAUACAUUCUGAGUGGAGCCAAGAGGAGCUUCGGCUCGCUGAGGGAACUCCUGCACUGCUAUCAGAAGGAGGCGCUGCGCACAGACGGGUACACGUUUCAGCUGACCAGGUGCUGCCCACCAAGUCCCAAUGAUAAAUCCAACCUUCUGGUGUGUAGAAAUAACCAAGGGCCGGAGGUUCCUCUCUCCCCCUCCCUCCACAAACACGUCAGCCAGAUGGUCUUCCACAAGAUCCGCAAAGAGGACCUCGCCAUCAAUGAGAGUCUGGGCCAAGGAACUUUCACCAAGAUCUUCUGCGGUGUGAGGAAAGAGCUGGGAGACUACGGAGAGAUGCACCAGAUGGACGUCGUCAUCAAGAUCCUGGACAAGGCCCAUCGCAGUUAUUCCGAGUCGUUCUUUGAAGCAGCCAGCAUGAUGAGCCAGCUCUCCCACAAGCACUUAGUCCUCAACUACGGCGUGUGUGUUUGUGGCGAUGAGAACAUGAUGGUGCAGGAGUACGGUAAAUUUGGUUCCCUGGACACCUACCUGAAGAAGAAUAAAAGCUGUGUCAACAUCACAUGGAAGCUAGAGGUGGCCAAGCAGCUGGCCUGGGCCAUGCACUACCUGGAGGAUAAGAAUCUCAUUCACGGAAACGUCUGCGCCAAGAACGUUCUCCUGAUCAGAGAGGAGGAUCGGAGGACGGGCAGCCUGCCCUUCAUCAAGCUCAGUGACCCUGGUAUCAGCAUCACUGUGCUGCCCAGAGAAGUGCUGGUAGAGCGUAUCCCGUGGGUUCCCCCCGAGUGCGUCGAAACCCCCCAGAACCUGAGUUUAGCCACAGACAAGUGGGGCUUCGGGACGACCCUGUGGGAGAUCUGCAGUGGUGGAGACAAACCGCUCAGCACUCUGGACUGCUCCAAGAAGAACUUGUUCUAUGAGGACAGGCACCAGCUGCCAGCUCCCAAAUGGACGGAGCUGGCCAACUUGAUAAACAGCUGCAUGGACUACGAGCCCUCACACCGGCCGUCCUUCAGAGCAAUCAUCAGAGAUCUCAACAGCCUCUUCACGCCAGACUACGAGCUGCUGGUGGAGAGCGACAUGUUGCCCAACAGGACGAGAGGCAUCGGCUUCCCGUGGGCCUCUGAGAGCCAGGAGCCCGCCCAGUUUGAGGAAAGGCACCUCAUCUUCCUCAAGCAGCUGGGCAAAGGAAACUUUGGCAGCGUGGAGAUGUGCAGGUACGACCCGCUGCAGGACAGCACAGGGGAGGUGGUGGCGGUGAAGAAGCUGCAGCACAGCACGGCCGAGCACAUCAGGGACUUUGAGCGGGAGAUCGAGAUCCUCAAAUCCCUCCAGCACGAAAACAUCGUCAAAUACAAAGGCGUCUGCUACAGCGCAGGACGGAGGAACCUGCGGCUGAUCAUGGAGUACCUCCCCUUCGGCAGCUUGAGAGAUUACCUCAUCAAACACAAGGACCACUUUGAUUCCAAGAAACUGCUGCACUACGCAUCGCAGAUUUGCAAGGGCAUGGACUACCUGGCCACGAAGCGUUACAUCCACAGAGACCUGGCCACGAGGAACAUCCUGGUGGAGAGCGAGAUGAGGGUGAAAAUCGGUGACUUCGGCCUGACCAAGGUUCUGCCGCAGAACAAAGAGUACUACACAGUCCGAGAGCCCGGGGAAAGCCCCAUCUUUUGGUAUGCUCCAGAGUCUCUGACAGAGAGCAAGUUCUCUGUGGCAUCAGACGUUUGGAGUUUCGGAGUCGUCCUCUACGAACUCUUCACUUACAGCGACAAGAGCUGCAGCCCACCAGCAGUUUUUAUGGAAAAGAUGGGGAAUGAAAAGCAGGGUCAGAUGAUUGUCUACCAUCUGAUGGACCUGCUGAAACAAGGAUACAGGUUGCCUGCUCCUGACAAUUGUCCAAAGGAGUUUCACAAAAUCAUGGCCGAGUGCUGGAGCAGUGACCCGGGACUGCGACCUACUUUCAAGACAUUAAUCCACAGUGUGGAGAUUGUACGAGACAGCAAGGAAGCGUGAGCGGCGUUCAUCCCCCCGAACCUUUCACCUUGAGGCGUUAAACUCCUGGGGAAUCAGCCGUUACGGAACUCAAUGGAACAAUGAAUGUCUCUGUAACGUCUGGAUCUACUGCGGCAGCGCCACCACUCGUCUGAGCCGGUCUUCUUGUUUGUUUUUUUUCUUUUUGGUGCAUCUACCUACCGGUCAAUAAAUUAACUGGCAAUUAACAUUUACUUCAAUGAAAAAACAUCCACUUUCUUAGCUUCUUCUUUCUGGGGCCACAUGAAAUAUACAAAUGAUCAGAUUACUACACUACACCUGAAUCAGACAUCAGGCAGCAGAUCAUUUGUGAUGCCUUCAAGAACAUUUUCUAUGUGUUUGUUAACGUGUAUUAUUUGACGGCACUCACUGAGUGGACAAAGGAAAUACUUUUAUAAAUCAAAUAUUUUCUGUAUUUUUAGCCUUAAAUUGAAUCAGUGCCAAAAAUGUAUAAAAGCAGCAUUUUGUUGAAAUCUCUGUGCUUUGAUUUUUUGUUGUUGUUGUAAAAUGAGCAGCGACUUUUUGUGCUUAACCAAAGAGACCGUGGGAUAUUUUGACAGACUGUUAAAACAUCUGAUGCCACCUGAAACCAGACAUUUUAUAGAUCGAGUUUGAAGUUUUAACCGUUACAAGGCUCCACUCGAGAUAGAUAAUGUGCAAAGUGCGUGUUGAAAGUAAAGAAGCGAGGGUGCUCGUGCUUCUCCGCAGUAGUUUGUUGCUGUAUAACGUGGUUUCAUCACAAUCAAAGAUGUCGAAGCGCUCGUGUGGUUGGAGAGUAUAAAGUUGUGAUUUGCAUUGUCAACCACAAAUUUAUCAGUGGUCACAAGAUUCUUUUUCUUUUCUUUAAAUGUUGAACUUUGCCUCCCGAACGUCAUGGAACAGGAAGUUGUGCGAUUUGGGUUUAGCUUGUGAGAGGAAACUGAGAUUUGUAUGACAGGGGUCCUCUUGUGAUUUUAAUUUUUAAGCAUAAAAAAAGACAAAAAAUUUCUACCCAGGGGUUAUUUCAGUCCAUGAAAGAUUGUGAAGAAUGAGUCACUGUUGAGAGCAAAGUGAGUCUGACGACUCCUCUGGGUGCGAUUCACACUGAGGUUCUGCCCGUCGGGAAUAUUUCCUACAUGUCGAGUCUGUUGUGAAUGAGACUUUUUGUUUUGCUUUGACUUAAGAUCAUCAGUUUGUGUGUUUUCUUUGCAUUAAUCGUUUCAUUUUACUCGUACAGUUUUUACUGUGAUGUGUGUUUGGCUGAGUAACAAAUUAGUAUCUUGUUAAAUAUAUGUUGUUGUUUUUUUUUUAAAUCCAAAAACAAAACAGAAAAACAGGAUUUUGAAGAGAUGAAAUUGUUUUUUUAUUCUUUACGUGUAUUUAAGUUUGACUUUGUUGCUGUGUGAACGAAGUGAAGCCUGGUUCUGUCUUCUCAUUGCAACACGCAGCUGCUUUUAUCAUAUGUAUGUGUGUAGAUAGAUGUAAAUAUCAAUAUGGAUGUGUAGUAUUUCCCCAGAGUGUUUAUACUUUUAUUAAACAAAAGAUACCGCAGUG